UGAUGUGAAGCAUUUGACCCAACUCUUGCGCACACUGCAACCGCUUGUUUGAGUGCUAGAACAUGUCCUAGAUCUAGAUCUCUACAUUGACCAUUACCGACACCUGUACACCCCGACAAUGUCCGUAGCAGGUCCUCGAGGCCCUCCCAAGCGAGCCUCCGUGCUUGUCACGGAUACCCGCGAACAACGACCUCAAGCCCGACCGACACCGCAACGAACUGGCACAGCGCGUAUCAUCUCCGUUGAUAACGUGCUGCAAUAUGCCUCAGACAUCCCCUCUGCGCAGCGCCGCGCACCGCCCGGACCACGACCGCAAGUGCACACUCGCACACCAUCGGGCAGGCAUCCAUUGGACCCAAAGUUGCGGGGCGUGGGCGUACCAUUAGCCAGUGGAGGCGGUGGUGUGCACUUGCCUGCCCGCAGCAGCAAGACCAGCGAGAAACUCGUCCUCCUCCCCGAAACGAGCGAAGAGCAUGCGGAGGAGAAGGAAGGCUUCGAGGAGGAAGACGAUGAAGCACCGCCGUCUGAUGAAGCGCUGUCACGGCGGCGAGCAGGUAGCGGGCAUGGUAAAAGCGAUGCCGAGCGCCUACCCAAGUCCCAGCGUACCGCCGAAGCUCAGCUUGCACGCGUAACGGCCUACUGUACCGCGCAAAGCUAUAAGCUGCGGAGCACGGCGCAAUUUGUACGCGACCAGCAUGGAGCGAGGACGAAGAUCUACGAUGAGUGUUUGUAUUGUGUCUACCAACUGCCACUACUGGGUGGGAGCGAUGGCUAUCGGGUGAGGAGUAGUCCGGUGGUGAAGAAUCCAGGUGGGAGGAGUGUGUUGGACGAGCAAAUUGAGGCGAACGAGCGGAGACAGUACAGGGAGGGCUGGCAGGGCGAGAGCGAUGAGUACUCGGUGCCGGCGAAUGAGAGUGCAGGUUAUGGCAGGCAAUCAGGCGAAGGCAGAGAACACGACGGCACUCUGGAGAUGGAUCAUGAUGGACAGCAAUCUCAAGAGCAGACGAACGACCAGUCGGCCGACGAAGGAGAGUACGACAAUGGUGGCCAGCGUCGCGAAAGCGAGUCCUCCACCAUCCUCAACUACCCCUCCCCGCAACCCGCCAUCUCCCCCAACGCCUACACAGUAGCCGAACUCUUCAUCUUCUCCUACGGCGUCGCCGUGCUCUGGAACUUCACGCCCAAUCAAGAAAAGGACCUCCUCGCCGACCUCACCUUCAGCAGCUCCUCCAACCAAUCACCCGCCACGACUACCAACAACAGCAAAACCCUCUCCCUCAAGACCGCGCCCUUACCGACCGCUCACAUCCCGCUCAUGACCCGCCCUCUGGACGAAGACGACUUUGAGACCGAAGAGUUCCACUUCCAGUACGAUCCUUCCGCCGAGAAACCGCGCAUCUACAACGACAUGAUCACAUUGCGGACAAGCGAUCACAUGAUCAAACUCGCCAUGUCCCACGCCAUAGCACAGAGUACGAAGCUGUCUUUCUUCGAGGAAAGAAUGCAACGGACGAUGAGCGAGGCGCAGUAUGUGCCUCGCCGGCUUGCGCUCGAGGGACGGCUGGGUAUGGACCGGAAGGAGAUCGUUGCGCUUGUGGGGCGGCUGUUUGAGGGACGGGUGGACGUGAAUCUGUCAUCCAAUAUGCUAGACACACCCACCUUCUUCUGGGACUCGGAACCGACUCUCCAUCCGCUCUACGGCGCCGUGCGCGAGUACCUCGAGAUCAAACCCCGCAUUCAGGUCCUUAACGAACGGUGCCGCGUCUUCCUCGACCUCGCCGAGAUCCUGUCGGACUCUAUUGCGGACGUGAAGAUGACGCGGAUCACGUGGAUCAUCAUCGUCUUGAUCGUGCUUAGUAUCCUUGUAACGUGCACGGAAGUUUUCUUGCGUUUCGGCAUCUUGGCCAAGGAGAAGUUGGGUAGAACCGGUGGCGCUGCGGUGGUCAGAGGCUUGGGGGUGAGCGGGUUGGUCGGCCGUGGUUUGAGGGCGGUGUCUGAACUCUGACGUGACUUGGUGCUCUUUUAUUCCAUGCUCUGCAAGCGAGGAGUUUCGGCGCUGGGACUUGGAGACAUCAACAGUUACGUACAAAUCAUUAGCUACUCGACAUGCGCACGCUGCUUAUGCUCUCCU